GGGGAGGGUUAUAGCACCUGACUGGAACUUAGAUAACAGAUGAGUCAGUUGUUGGUUUGGAGUAGUUGUAUUUGUCAUUUUUUCUUAAAUUAGUUGUAUUGUAGAAAUUUUGAUAAUGACGUCGGCUAUGGAAAAUCAUUUGUUCAACUUGAAAUUUGCUGUAAAGGAAUUGGAAAGAAAUUCAAAAAGAUGCGAGAAAGAAGAAAAAGCUGAAAAGUUAAAAGCCAAAAAAGCUAUUCAGAAAGGGAAUGUAGAAGUGGCCAGAAUCCAUGCUGAAAAUGCAAUUAGACAAAAAAGUCAGUCUGUUAAUUACUUAAGGAUGAGUGCCAGAGUUGAUGCAGUUGCCAGUCGAGUACAAACAGCUCUUACUACUAGAAAGGUUACUAAUUCCAUGGCAGGUGUUGUUAAAGCUAUGGAUGCUGCAAUGAAAUCCAUGAAUUUAGAAAAAAUAUCAUCAUUAAUGGAUAAAUUUGAAAAUCAGUUUGAAGAUUUAGAUGUUCAGAGCUCAUAUAUGGAAAAUACUAUGUCUCAAACUGUUACAACUUCUAUUCCUCAAAAUGAUGUUGAUAAUCUAUUGCAACAAGUAGCUGAGGAGGCAGGAUUGGAUUUGAGUAUGCAGCUUCCACAAGCUGGAAGCGUUGGAGCUUCAACCCAAGCUUCCCAGGAACAAGACGAAUUGACACAGAGAUUAGCUCGACUGAGGCAAGCAGAGUAGUGCUGAGUCUUAAGACAAAUCCAAGCUUAUUACUAAGCAAACUUACGUGCUUUUAAUUAUAUAUUACAUUUUGUAAAUAAAACAGAACGUAUAUCUAUUAGAAGUACUUGUAAAUAUGAUAAAGCUAAACUAAAAAGUAUUUCUAAAUCAUUGCAAAACCAAUUUUUCUUUUCUAGUGAAAUGUAUUAUAUCAUAUAGAAUCAAUGGUUAAAACAUGUAUUUUUUUUUUUUUUUUUAAUGGCUGUUAAUAAACAAAUUAUUUUAAUAACUUU